AAAAAAUAAAAUGAAUACCUGAACCCAUGCUUUUAAAUUGCCAGUGUAGAAUAGUUUCUUUCACCUUUGUUGUUUAAACCAACCAACAGGGAAAUUUCAUUACAGGUCCUAUUAUGAAUGCGUCUCUAUAAGAGCUGCUCCAAAUGGAUGAUACAAAGAUUAUAUACCACAUAGAUGACGAAGAGACCCCCUAUUUAGUUAAAAUUGCCGUAUGUCCGAGCGCUGUUACCUUAGGGGACUUUAAAAAUGCUCUAAACCGACCAAAUUACAAGUUUUUCUUCAAAUCAGUUGAUGCUGAUUUCGGAGUCGUGAAAGAAGAAAUAGCGGAUGAUGAUGCAAGACUACCAUGUUUCAAUGGAAAAGUUAUUUCAUGGCUUGUUUCUGCAGAUAGUAGUACAAAAUCAGAUAACCAUUCAAACGGCGCAGGUGAAAACCACCUCUCCAGUCAAAAUAAAAAUUCUACAAACUUCAACAAAACUCCCGACAAUAUACACAGUGCCUCGAAAAAUGAAAUCCCCAGUGAACAAGAACAUGCCAUUGGGACAACAGGGCAUGGUCUUGAGGAAUGUGAUACUUGUGUCGAGACAGACUCAGUGUAUAGCGGUGAUCGGGUUCCUCCUCUGAAAAAUUUUCAUAAUUACAAGCAUGGUUCGCGCUUGGCUAAACUUGGUCAAAGAAUCCAAAACUAUGAAACAUCUUCAUCCAUGAUGAGUUCAGAUCUGGAAUCCACAAGCUUUUUCGAUUCAGAAGACGAAUCAAGCAGAUUUUCAACAGCAACAGGUACAACUAUGUCUUCGGCUAAAUAUCCAAGACAUAGAAGACAACGAAGACACAGACGAAUUCUUCCAAUAAGACGUACCAGUGAAGAUGCUACUUCUUUUAGCAGUGUAACCGAUUCCACAAUGUCUCUCAAUAUAAUUACCGUCACUUUGAAUAUGGAUUCAGUGAAUUUUCUUGGAAUCAGUAUUGUUGGUCAAUCCAACAAAGCAGGAGAUGGUGGUAUCUACGUAGGAUCUAUUAUGCGUGGUGGAGCUGUUGCACAAGAUGGUCGAAUAGAACCUGGAGAUAUGAUACUAGAAGUAAAUAGAAUCAGCUUCGAAGAUAUGAGUAAUGAUGAGGCUGUAAGAGUCUUACGUGAGGAAGUUCAAAAGCCUGGUCCUAUCACUUUAGUGGUGGCAAAAUGUUGGGAUCCCAGUCCAAAGAACUACUUCACAAUUCCUCGUCAAGAACCAGUUCGCCCAAUUGAUCCUCGGGCUUGGGUCUUACAUACAAAUGCGAUGACUGGAGCACUUGGAACACCCGGAUUUGAUGGAAAUACACCUUUUUUUGGUUCAGGAUCACCUGCUGCUGGAAUGGCAAUGAUUCCUGGCCAUUUUAUGGGUAUGACUCCAUCCUCUGGAUUGUCCGUACCAUCUAUGCCUCCUGGUAUGCCUCCUUUAAUUUUACCACCUUCAAUGGCUGGAAUCAAUGCAAUACCUUCAUCUAAUAUGACUACUAAAUCAUUACCAGAAGUUGCUGAUGGUGAUGGUUUAACUGGUGGGUAUCAUCGCAGUAGAGGUCCUGCAAGUAGUGGAGUUGUUGGUGGGCCAGGAAGUACGAAAACUAACGGUUCCCGAUCAGGAGGUGAGACAACUGUCGAUGCUAAAGGUACUCAGUCACUUCUGUCUGGUGCGAAUGGCAAAUCAUCCACAUCAUUAACUGUAGCUUCUGAUAUGGCUUCUGUAGUUCAUGAUAUGUUGAUGUCUGAUUCUGGUCUAGAAAUACGUGAUCGAACGUGGCUGAAAAUAACCAUCCCAAAUGCUUUUAUUGGCUCUGAAUUAGUUGAUUGGUUAUUCACACAUGUAGAUGGUUUUGCAGAUCGGCGAGAUGCUCGGAGGUAUGCAUCCAACCUACUGCAUUAUGGUUAUAUUUGUCAUACCGUUAAUAAGAGUACAUUUUCCGAACAAUGUUACUAUACUUUUGGAGAUAUAGCCGCAACGUUGUCUCAUCUUAAUUUAGACGAAGUAGAUUCAGUUUCUGAAAUCGGUGCUAAUUCUUCAUCUCAUACUGGUACUCAUCCUAUGAUGCCUCAAAUGUAUCCUCACGUCCACCAUGUGCUUCCUGAUGCUCCUGGUGGUGGUUCAGCUACAGGUCUAUCAUCAGUACAAAAUCAAAAUGCUCCAUCUAAUCCUAAUCUAGGUUUAAUGUCAUCUCCUAUACCUGGUGAAGGGAAUUCACUUGCUCAAACCAACUCUCAUUAUCCCUACCCACCUGUACUUUAUCCUAUUCCAUCAACAGCUCCUGUGUCUUCAUCUGGUCCUUGUAAUGUUGAUGCAAAUGGAAAUGACUGUAGUUUUGUUAACCCAAACUCAUCUGCUCUUUCUGGUCUUAGAAAUAGAAUGUCAAAUAACGGUCAAAUGGGUGUGGAUUCUGCCAUGUAUCCGGUAAAUACCACUACCAUGGCUCCUCAUACACGUUCUGUUAUUCCUAAUCAGACACAUGUUACUACUAUGAAUGCUACAUCAAAUCAAAAGAUACAACAGCAGAAAGUAAACAACUCUUCCUCGUCUAGUUCAUCUCGUUCUUCUGCAUCUUCAACAUCUUCCUCUUCUACCGGUUAUUCUGGUAACAGACGUCCAGCUGGUCUAUCGGCUAAUACUACUACUCAAACACUUAACACCAAUGUUCCUCAAAGUAUGAUCACACCACUAGAUACCUCAGCUUCUAAAGGCCUUCCUUCCUUAAAUAAGGGUAUUCAACGACGCACUGAUCCAUCAAGUGUACAAAGUCUUUCCGUCUCAUCUCAUCCAUGUUUUUGUAUGCCAUUCAUCCGAAAAACUCUUAAUUCAUCAUCGCAUGCUAAUAAUAAUAAUAUUAAUAAUGCAUGUAAAAAAUUAGAUACACAACAGAAGCAACAACAAGAAGAACAACAAACAUGUCAAACUAAAAAUGUUGUGCAUGAUCGCCAUUCUGAUCUGCAUGAACUAAAUUCCGCAAAAAACUCAUUAAUAUUGUUAUCCGAUGAGAAUGUCAAUAAUAAUAAUUAUAAGAUAGUUGAUAAUCUAUCAUCAGUUGCCAUUACUAAUUCUACCAUAUCUACUUCUCCUACAAAUGAUAAUCGACGUAAUUCAUACUCAGUGAAAUCACUAAACCAACAAAUAACGAAUAAUGUUAUUGAUAAUGACCGAACAACAACAAUAAUCACUACUAGUGAAUGUUACAGUAAUAAUAAAGAAAUAGAUCAUAAUGACAGUGAUAAUAAUAAUCAAUUAUUUUUGUUGGCAAAACAUGACAGUAUCAUUAAUAAUGAUUUCAGUGCUGAACAUUUAUCAUUCAUGGAAGAUAAAAUACAUGAAUCAGGUUUGAUAUCGUGCAUACACAUAAGUACAUUAUUAUAGAUUAUUACUACUAAUUCAGUUAUAUAAUUUGACUAGCUUUAGGGUGUAUAUAGUCUGUUUUGUACUAUAGAUAAAUAAUCUCAAAAAAUAGGCAAGCAUAAUGCACACUCACUGUAUAAUCACUUUUACUAUUAUUAUUAAUAUCGUCUAGUUCUUACAAUAAAUCAAGCAUAUUUUUUGGUUAUUUCUUCACAUAUCAAACACAAUAAUUUUUGGUACAUUAAACUAAUGGUAAUUUACUGCACUUUUCUUUUAACAGCUCAUGGUUUAUGCUAGAAGGCAUCAUCUAUUUGUGUUUUUUCCUUUACUAAUUGCAACCAUAGUUCCACUUAUGAUAUAUACAUAUAUAUGUUUUUUCUAUGUGUAAUAUGUUUAACAGUUUAAUUCUCCAAUUGGAUACUCCUACGCUUCUAACACGUUUUUUUUCAUUACUUUCAAUUUUAGGCACAAGCAGUACUAGUUCUGCAAGUCGCCAAAAUGGAACUGGGGCAAGUGCUGCUGGGAGUGGUAGCGGCAGUGCCGUAACUACACAUGUACUCAAAAAAUUUAACACGAAUAAUAAUAAUAAUAACAGUGUAUCUAAUAAAUCCGAAUUUCUUGACAAUGUUCAACGUACACAGCAUGGUAUGGAUUUUAACAAUGCAUUUCGUCAAACUAAUUGCAAUUUAGUCAAAGAUCCAAACAAUAAAACAGAACUCAAUCAAUCAUUUAAUCAUACAAUGACAACUGGUGGAAGUAACCUUACCACUGGUGGAAUUCACAAUAACCAGAGAUGAAAUAGUCUAUUCGUUCAUUCAUUCGUAUACAUAAACUGACAGAUUACUAUAAAUUGCAAAUUAAAGACCUUCAGUUUGCCGAUUAAUGGCAUAAUCAUUUGUAGAUCUGUUUAAUUUUCUUCUAUCUGAAAAUCCGACAAAGAAUAAAAUGUUACAGUGGAAAAGACAUUCAUCUUAUUAUUUUCAAACGACUUGCUGUUUUCUGAUAUAUAUAUAUGAAUUACAUAGCAAGACGACAAUACAUAUGUAUAUAAAUAUGCAUAUGUCCGUAUGUAUUAUUCUUCACACUUUCACCCGGUCUUUCUUUAUAUAAUAUUGUUUUGAGUUGUUUUUGUUUAGUAUGCGAUAUUUUUUUCUCUCACAUUCACUUAUUUAUCUGUUUCACUUCUUUAGUAACUUUUCUCAUGUCACAAAUGUAAACUUUAUUUAUUCAUUGUGUGUACACUGACCUAUUCAGCGUAUACGGAGAGUUGUCUUUGCUCUGUCGUUGAUAUGAAUAUUGUUUUUAAUGGAACUUGUAUACGUUAUGAGAAAUCCAUUCACAGUUCCUACUUUCAAACGAUUUAUUUGCUUUACUAUAUUGUCCCUCUUCAAUCGUUUCUCCAGGUUACACCUUGUUAUAUCAAUCUUAACUACAUAUGGAAAGCGUGUGAUGGAUGGAUUGGAGUCUAUCUUAUUUUAAUUUUCUUUGUUAUCCGAAAAUUAGAGGAAACUCACCGUAUUCAGAUAUUUUUAGUCCUAUAUUGCUUUUUGUUUUUUCUCUGUGGAGAUAUUCAUGGUUGCUAUGACUUGUUAAAUCUAAUGACUAAUCUUUGUUUUGAAGAUAAACAGUUACGUAGCAAACUCAUUAUAUGUUCAUCGUAAAAUGGCAUUUUCUUCCUCUUUAAUCGCUGACAUAUGAACAUAAAAGACAAUUUACUAUGAUAUAAAUCUAUUCGUCUUUUUACUUGAUGUGUGAUAUAAACAUUUGUUUCAUUUCUUAAAGCGCCCCAUCCUCGUUCAUGUAAUCAUGUAUUUUUAUUCUGUUCCCUUUCUUAUCUUUCUCCCUACCCAUAAAUAAUCUAUUUAUCGUUUUUGAUUUCACUCACCCUAUUUUUUCCUGUAUUUGAAUCUCUAACUUGAGAAAAUAUUGUUUCCGAUGCAUAGAGUGUGAUUUUUCGAUCUUAAUUAAUCCAGAGUGUAUUUCGCUAUUGUAAUUUUCGAUCGAAUCUUCCUUUUUUUUCGUUCAAUCAGUGCUGGAAAUGCUUCCAUUUAAUUCUUUUUUGUUUUCUCUUUUUGUUUUAUGAUUUAUUCUUUUUUUUAUUGUGAACUUAUCUAUCUGAGUUUUCUCAAAUAGAUAUUUUGCUCUGAACUAUUAUGCAUACAUGCAUAUGAUUAAGUAGUUUAAUUCAUCAUAUUUAGUUCUUUCUCAUUUUGUUUUUCAAUCCAUCUUUUAUCAGAAAUAUAUUCAAAACGUUAAGAUAUUUGUUGUUUUGUCUUUAUCUACUCACAUUUUUGUUUUUCUUAUCACAAAAUAGUUGUCAAUCUAGGGAAUACUCUCUCUUUUCCUCAACUUCAAAAAUAUAUAUUUCUAUGAAAAAAAAGACAACUUGAAAUAAAUAACCGAGAAUGUCUUUUUUUUCUAUUAUUAUCGUAGAAAUUAUCAUCGGUAUUGUUGUUGUUAUUAUUAUUAUUAUCAUUGUGGUAAUGAUUAAUUAUACUUGUAUACUUGAGAUCAGGUGGAAGAGUCUAAAGUUAUGAAAAAAGAAGAUUCGUUUCACUUUCGUUUGUACCGCUACUCUCCGUUUUGCUGAAGCGAUCGCGAUAAAAAAAACUCAAACCGGAUCUAUGUAAUCAAAGAGAUAGUAAUAAACUUAUUGCCACCCUGGUAAUCCUUUUUUCGUGUGUAUGCUUAUUGUUUUUUUUUGUUUUAUGUUUGGUUAUUAGUUUUAUUUUGUUAUUAUUUAUUUUGUGUUAUAUUCCACUCCCAUUAACGAAUUCUUAAACCACCCUUUCACUCACACAUUUCCGCUCACUUGAUUCUCUUAAAUUAUGUGAACUCUUCAAAUUCUAUUCAAUUAUUACGUAACCCAUCUUAUCAGUUUUUAAUUCCGUGAAUACUUUAUUACCUCACAAUUUAUUUUAUCUGUCUCUGAACUCCACCACCUUCAUUCUAACACAAAAUAACCUCUGACCUAUUCUUGCAUAUAUAUAUAGUUAUCAUUGAUAACCUUUGUCAUUCCAUUCCUUUACAUUCACUAUUUCCUAUCUCUAAAUAAAAUUCUAAUAUAUAUUUGGUUGUAAGCAG